GAUUGCAACAGGAAGCCUACAGUGUAAGAAGAAAGAGAGAUGGAACAAUAUGACAAGAAGACUGAGAUGAUUGGAUUUGUUUCUGUUGGUAGCGAUUCUCCUCUUCGACGGUGCUCACGCGGUUAAAGGCGAGUGUAUACGAAUCCGAUGAUUUAUCCGAAUCUGUUGCACAAAGCUUUUUGGACGGCAACCUUGAUCAUGACAGCUUUGUAAAGCAGUUUAGAGAACUUCGAAAAGUGUAUCAUUUACGAGCAAGCAAACUCGAAAAGGCACAAACAAACAGUGUGUUCACAUAAAAAAAUUUCGAAUCAUUCUUUUUUUGUGUUUUCGCGCUCUAAUCAAAAAAGGAAACAGCCAUGAUUGGAAUCCGUGGUGUUUCGAUGAACCAUGUUGUGAACCUAGUUUGCGCCAGCUGACUUGGGCUUUUGUCUCUUUUUGUCCUUUUGAACUAUGCGUCUCAUUUUCGCCGAGACGGGGCACGAACUGUUCAUUCACGACACCGAUGUAGCGAGCGUGGACGCUUUAAGGUCAUAUAUUCAAGCCAUCAAACACAUACCACCUCAUCACCAAAUACUUGUCGAUGCGGAUGGCGUCCAGUUGAAAGUCUUGGCCGAACUCGUCAUUGUAUUCGAUCGCGGCCUUUUGGAAGUGCCUCAAGAAAAAAUCCGCAAUGUCGUCGCUCAACGUCAGCCGAUACCCGAAUACCAAGACAUAAACCAAGCUAUCACCAAAGGAACCGAUAUUGUCAACGAAGUUCGGUGUCAACUGUUGGCCAUGACAGCCGCGAUCAAUAACCUGAAAAAACACCUAGAAAUGGGCGAUCAUACCAUGGAACGCGUGAACAAAGUUUAUCAGACAACGUCGGAGCGAUAUUUGACAGCUGUCGAGCGAAUCGAGAGUCAACGCGUGUUCUGGGAUAGAAUCCAGUUGCAAUCGUCGGCGACGUUGGAAAAGAUCCAAACCUUGUCGAAUCAAGUGACUUUGGAGACGCUAGUCAGCCAAAAAAGGACGCUGGAUGACACUUACCAACAGAUCACGCAGGAACUGGACCAUGAAAAAGAACGCAUGCAGCAUAUCCACCGAGAAGCUUCCAUUCUGCUCCAUCAACCUGCCAAGGCAUCGUCCUACAUAAAAUCGUUGGAAGGGCUCUUGCAUAACCUCAAAACCAUUGCCAGCAAAAACAGCAACUUUUCUGUAGAUACCCUCGGAAUGAUUCUCGAGAGCUCGGCACUCGAAUUUUCCAAACAAAACUUCUUUGCCGACGAAGAGAAUGUGACACGAUGCAUCAAUCUUCAUUUCCAAAAGAUGAUGGAAGCGAAGCGCCGAUCCACUGUCGACCUUGUUAUGUGUACCCGGAUCAUCAGCAGCUUGCAGGAAAACAUCAACGUCCAGUUAUCACAAUUGACGGCUUCUGGACAACGGUUAAAGCGAUUCAACCGAGAUAUUCACGCCAUUGUGGGCCUCGCGACAAGACAGAAACACCCCUCCGAACCUUUCCUAUACUACGAUGGAUUGUAUCGCAAAGACAGUAUCAGUUCCGAGGCGUCCUCGCCUCAAAAUGAACCAGCUACACCCAAGGAGAAAAAACGAGAAAACGACAGCCUCCCAAAUGUCAAUGAUGAUGAACAAGAGACGAAUACACGUCAAUUCAUCGAGACCAUCCAGCCAUUCAGUAAGCUGUCCAUGUCACCCCCAUCGCAGGAACAUCUCACGAUUGGCGUCGAUCCGCCCACCCCGGAACCCAACCUGAGAAUGGCCCCUUCAGUGGGCAAGCGACAUGAUAACAACUCAUACGACCAUCUCAAGCGCCAAAUUGAAGCGCUGCAAACGCAGCUAAAGACAGAGAGAAAAGAGCAUGAAAGCCAAAAACGGCAGCUGACGGAAUCCCAACGUCGGUUGACAGAGCUUCAACGCGAUUACACAGAGGCUCAGGAAAUGGCUUACGAUUUACUAUCAUUAAUAUGCGAUGAAGAUUCAAGUAAAAACAACGUUCAUCGCGAUAUACCAACUGCGGAGAUCCUGAAGCUAUGUCACCAAAAAAUACUUCAAAUGGAUACAUCUCGAUCUCAGGAAGAGCGGCAGUUACUAUCGGAUAUCCCAUUCAUGCACCCCUUUUAGCGCGCGUCCAUCAAACCAGAGGAAAAAAAAAGCAGGAACAGGCCCCAAAACAAAACGACA